AUGCUACGCAAAGGCGCUCCCUUGGCUUCGCAACCCGCGGCGACCACCGCCGAGACGGAUGGCUCGGGGCAGUGGAAUCUGGAUCAACAGACCCACACGGGCAGCUCAGAUUUUGUAGGAUCGUCGACCGCCCCCUCGACCUCUUCGUCUGCUGAGCCCACCAUCAUUCAAUUGGACGAUCAUGCGGCGAUGCCCGCCGGCGGCCUCGAUGAUGGCAUGGCCAUGAUGACGGGCGACACCGGCAUGCGCGCCAGAGCGGCUGGAGGCGCCCCUCCAUCAUCAUCCGAGCGCCCCCAGCUCAGCCCCCCUCAAUCUCGACGCGCAGGGCGGGGCAAGCAACACGAUGAAGAUGACUUUGAUCCAGUUGAAGAGUUCCUCGCUGUGCUGCCGCCGCCGCUCGCGCGCGGCCUGGUGGCCGUGGGCAAGAAGCUCAACCCGUCGGGCAUGCAGCUCGUCGCCGUCAAGAAGGACCUGCACGAGGACCCCAACAAGGCCAACGACACCGUCUACACGUCGGGCAACAAGCACCGGCAGCUCGUGCAGGCCCUCACCGCGGGCCUCAAGCCCUAUGGGCUGGCCCUCGCCAUCGCCACCAUCGUGUGGCUCCUCACCACCCUCAUCACCCCCGCGUUUUUCGGGUAUCCCUAUCUGUACAAGGGCUUUUCGAUUCCGGAUCUCUUCUCCGCUUCCUGGGCUCUCUUGCUGUGGGGAGGCGUGCUGUCGUCGGCGGUGUGGUAUUUCCGCGGCCGUGACGUCAGAACCCAGGGGAGGCCGUUCCUCCUGAAGGCCGCCAACGCCCUGAUCUUGGCCACGCUCGAGGAGUUCGGUUUCAGGUUCCUGUUUGUCUGCGUGGCGAUGGUGGUCGCCGCCGUCUUCAACGGACUGAUCGAGCAGGUCGGUCUUUACUUGGGCGCCCUCAUGAUGUGCGCCGGCAUUGUUGUCAUCAUCAUCGCCGCCCUCUAUCUCAUGUGCUCAAGCAAAACGAGCACGUGCGACGGAUCAUGA